ACCGGGACACGACGUUCUCUAGAACUUAUAACUAAGACUUCUGUGCCUGAUGCUUCUUGGCAGCAAGCUACUCUACCAAUGCGCAUGGGAGGCCUGGGGUUGAGACAGGCAGCUACAACUUCGGCUGCCGCUUUUCUUGGUAGCUGUCAAGCUUCUCGGGAGCUUUCAGCACGCCUUCUAGUCCAGAACAAGAAGUUGCCUACACAUGUGUUAGUUCCAACGUCACCAAUGUUUGUCGAAUCACCUUGUACGCCGAUAUCCAUCCCAGGUGAAGAAAACGCCCUUGUCCGCUAUAGACAAGUUCUGGCUAGUUACGGCGCGGACGGUCAUCCUAAUAACUCGUCUGGUGAGUCUCAACGUGUAUUACAGAGGCAGCUGGAUGACGCAUUGCUCUCCACCCUUAAAGACACAAGCAGUCUUCGAGACAAGGCACGUCUCAACACAGAGUCGUCAGUUCAUGCUGCAGCAUGGUUACGGGCCAUUCCAAACGUUAAGUUAGGCCUAUCCAUGGCUCCGCAUGAAUUUACAGUUGCUCUGAAGCUAUGGCUUGGAAUUCCGAUUAUUUCUCCUUCACAAUCAAUACGUUGUUCCUGUGGGCGUGUAAUUGAUUGCUUUGGCGAUCAUCUUCUUGGAUGUGGUCACGGUUCUUUACGUUCUAAACGCCACGAUGCACUGAGGGACAUCAUAUAUUACGCAUUACUGGUGGAUAACGAAGGCGCUCAGCUCGAGCAACGUUGUGGUCCAGACAGCAAUAGCCGCCCUGGCGAUAUCUUUCAUCCAGAUUUCGCUGAUGGACGACCAGGUUAUUUCGACGUUUCGAUAAGAAACACCAUGCAGCCAGCGUACGUCGCUAGAUCCGCCAUUUCUGCUGGAGCCGCUGCAAUGGCUGGUGAAGAAGAGAAAAACCAUCGACACGACAGCGAAGUCAAUGCGGCAGGAGGUUACUUCUACCCAAUAAUAGUGGAGUCUUUUGGCGUGUCUCUUAUAUUGAGCAUGUCCGAAAUGUAA